AAAAAAGCGGGGGUGAUUCUAGAAAUCCUGGAUAUUGUGUUACAAUUUUGUGGAUAAAAUUUGGGAUUUUGCAAUUGCUGAUUCGUGAUUGUUUCCUCCGGAGCCGUGGAAUCGUCAGAAUUCCGAUUUUUUGAGUCGGAGAACGGCGGUUAGAUGACGGAGGACCGGGACGGUGCUAGGGUUUCUCCGACCGAUUCGAUGGCCGCGCCAAGCGAUACUUCUCAGACGAGGCACAGGAAGAAGAGAAAGUGGGAUCAGCCCUCGGAGCAACUUGUUUCAGCUGGAGUUGCUGCUCUUCCCGGGUUACUCCCUUUAGGCAACAUGGGCGUUGUUGGUUCAUGUGUUUCGCCCUCUGUUCCUGCUAUUACCAGUUUAAACACAGUUGCUGCUGCUGCUGCUAUUGCAACUGUGGCCCCAUUGUUCCAAACGCUUUCUUCGCCUCAACAAACUGCAGCAGUGGCGAAACUAAAUCAACCUAAGCAUGAAGAGUUAACAAUAGCACGAGAGAUUGUAAUCAAUGAUGCUGAGGCUUCUAUUAGGCACAAGCUUACCAAGCGCCAGACUCAGGAAGAAAUUCAAAAGUCCACUGGUGCUGUGGUGAUUACUAGGGGCAAGUACCGUCUACCAAAUGCACCGUCUGAUGGUGAAAAGCCUUUGUAUCUUCAUAUAUCUGCAGCAUCACAUUUAAAAGAGACUGCAGAACGAAUAUUAGCAGUUGACCGUGCAGCUGCUAUGGUUGAGGAAAUGAUGAAACAGAAUUCAAACUCUCAGGCUGGAUUGAUUGGUUCACAGAUGGUCAAGCCGCUGAGCACAUGUGUGUAUUUGGGAUUUGAAGCUGAUCCAUCAUGCAAUGUUGCUGCUCGUAUUCGUGGACCCAAUGAUCAGUAUAUAAAUCACAUUAUGAAUGAAACAGGAGCAAGUGUUGUACUAAGAGGGUGUGGUUCAGGUCAUCAUGAGAGCCAACAUGGAGAAGAAGCACAGCAACCGUUGCAUUUAUUAUUGUCCAGCUGCAAUCCAAAGAGCCUUGAAGAGGCAAAACGAUUAGCUGAGAAUCUUUUGGAUACAAUUAGUAUAGAAUUUGGUGCUUCGAGGAUCUCAUCAAAUAAAGUGUAUGGUGCAGUCCCACCACCACAGCAACUGCUCUCUGGAUCUCAGGGUUCUGAAAAUGAAAAAACACCAAGUUUGAAUUCAACAUGUGGAUUGAUGUCAUUGUUACCUGGCAUAACUAUGCCUAGUCCUGUCAGUGCGUUUUCUGCUACUCCAGCAACCACUCUUUAUCCUCAAGGUUCAGUUAUGCAGCCUCCAGUGAUGUCAAAUGGUGGGUAUUCUCACCCAAAUCCAGUAAGUUACCCUCAGGCUUUGGCAGGAGGAACUAGCUACAGUGGAUAUGCCGGAAUAUACCCUCAAGCCACACCAUUGCAACAAGUUGCCCAAGUCCUUAAGCAGUCGAUUUCUCCAGUCACUUCCAUAGUCCCACCUAUUGCGUCAACAUCUAUGACCGUGUCGAAGCCAAGUGAUAGUUCAUGUAAGGAAAAGGAGAAGGAGAGGCAUCUACCACCAAAGCGGAAGUUUCAAGAGCUACCAGCUGGUUGCAAGGUCCCUGCAAAAGCCAAUCAGGUAUUUAUCUGAACCACUAAGAAGCUAACUGGCUGAUUCUGGACCCAUGGGCCAUUGGUUUGCAUGUUUCACAGGGUAUCUUGCUUUUUGGAACCACUAUGGUCGGACAUUCUCGAUCAACUAUACGCUCAAAGCCUUGUUCAGGCUAUUAAAUGUUGUGUCACGGCCGUGACAGUGUCUCCCUGUCUGGAUGAUGACUUGCAUGAAAUUUUUGCAUCUUGCUUUUCUAUACAUUAGCACUUUCGCAUUUAAGUUAUCAUUUUCUGACGCCCAUUUGAAUGAAAAUUAACCAGUAUACGCAUUCUUUGGUUGUCUAGUCAUCAUCAUCUGAGCUCGGGCUGAUUAUCUUAUGCAACCCGUAGAUUGUACACCUAUGCUGGAGUGAGAACUGAGAACUGAGAAGGGGUGUCUCAUAAUACUCUGCAUAUGAAUCUUCACCAAUUUAGAGUACCUAAGUCUAGCUUUUGUCAUACCCACCCAUUUGUGGUGAAGUUCGGUUUUAGAACGACCAUAUAUUUACAUGAUCCAUGGCUUUUUUUUGCGUUCUCUUUAUCAUUUUCUAUUGCCUUCAUCAUAUGAUACUUCUGUGCAUAUUUUGACACACUAUAUAUAACCCACUCUCUGACCGCGGUCGGGAAACUGGCCGUGAAUGUUCAUUUUCCUGUCAACUUGUUGCAGUACUCAGAACCAGUGAAGUCGGGCGACCCAGUUCCUAAGAAUACAGUCCAACCAUCAGCAAA